AUGCGCAAUCCUCAUCCAUACUACUUUUUUGACUCCAAGUCUAGUAGUACUGUACAGAAAUUAAAUCAAUAUACUAGACCAGAACUCAAGCAACUAAGACAAAAGAAUCUUCAACUCUUGAGCAACCAGUCCAUGGUGAAUACAUUGCCUGAUAAAGGAGCCAAGUUAAAAGAGACAAAUGAUAUGAUUGAUAGAUUACUACUUGAUUCAAGCACAAUUUCUUCAUUGGAUGAAAUCACAGCAGAAAAUACAAACCCAUUGGAGUGUCCUCUCACCAAAAAAUUAGAUGAAAUGUCAGUACUCACACCGCAUCAAGGAGCCAGAAAGCGAUCUGUGGAUUUAGCCAAUCAUCAAGCAUCCUAUCAUUAUACAUCCAAUAGCCUUUUAUUAAAACGACAGUCUAAAAGGCCUUCUUUAUCCAUGCUUCAACGUCCUUGUUACAUCCAACACACCAAUGAUGAACCUCAUGCCAAAGUUAGGAUGCUUUCUUUAGAUGAAUCCAUGACUUUGCAACAGGAACAACAAUCAUCCGUCAUGAAGUCUGAUCAAUAUUUCGAUGAUCAAGUGCCAAGUAGAAAUCUGUUAAAUUCACUCAAUCUAUCUGUCAAUGUGAUUCAAGAUAUUAAUUUCGAUCAUAUUGAAUUUCCAAAGCAUGAAUUUGAUGAAUCUGAGGAUGAAGAUAGGAUGGAGGAAUAA